AUGACGCCGGUUUUGCGGUUUUCUCUAAAAGCGAUAAAACGAUGCCUUAACGGGGACCAUCGUAGAUCUGUGUUUUGCUUGAUUCUCGCAGCAAAAGGGUUUGUUUUGUCGUUCGGCUUCAUCCAUGGAUUCUUCUUCAGUCUUCUCUUGAGUUUCACGUCUGAUACCUUUGAAGAACUUUCUCCUACGAUUGGGGUAGAUUUCAAAGUAAAACAUGUUACAAUUGGGGGGAAGAAGUUAAAGCUUGCUAUUUGGGAUACCGCUGGGCAGGAGAGAUUCAGAACCCUAACCAGUUCGUAUUAUAGAGGAGCCCAAGGAAUUAUAAUGGUUUACGAUGUAACCCGGAGAGAUACGUUCACAGACUUAUCUGAUAUAUGGGCAAAAGAAAUCGACCUCUACUCAACCAAUCAAGAUUGCAUCAAGAUGCUUGUAGGCAAUAAAGUUGAUAAGGAACAAGAUAGGGUUGUGACAAAGAAAGAAGGAAUGGACUUUGCAAGGGAAUAUGGAUGCCUUUUUAUCGAAUGUAGUGCAAAAACACGUGUCAAUGUGGAGCAGUGUUUCGAGGAACUUGUUCUCAAGAUUUUGGAUACGCCAAGUUUGACUGCUGAGGGGUCAACUACUGUGAAAAGAAACAUAUUUAAUCAAAAGCCUCCAUCAGCUUCAGAUGCAUCAGCUAGUGGAUGCUGCUGAAUUUGAUGUGUUGUAACUUGAGGAAUAUGUAUGUUAUGUCAUGUGGGAUGGAUGUUUGUUAUUUCUGUCAUGUUCUUUGAAAUGACCCACCCUUGUAUCUUUGGUUCAACUAUGAUCAUCAUAUAUUUAUUAUAUGCUGAAAUUGGCUGAUAA